AUACUUAUGUAAAAUCGUUACAUUGUUUCCCGUUUUCUUGAUUUCAUUUCAAAUAUGUGGGUUUAAAGAUUAAUCUACAUUGAUUAUUAGUUGAGGAUGUUUUUGGUACUCCAUAAAAAACAGAGAUGUCUAUAAAUCAACAAAAUUCUUAGAAUUAUUUGCACUUUGAACUCACUUGAAAAUAUCAGAUUGCUGAUAUCAAAAUAACCCAUACUCAAGUAUAAGGAGCCAUAUUUUUUCAUUCGAUUGUGUAAUCUACAACAUGGGAUACGAAGAUUUAUUCCUACCGGGAACAGAACUGUCGGAAAUAAAGUUCAACAACUUUUGGGACUGGUUUAUACACAUAACUGACAUAAGAAUACAUUGGAAGAAUGAACCUACUUAUCUUUUAUCUCAGUUUGCUUUUUUGGUAGGAGGAAUAUUAACAUUAAUUCAUGCAUUUGUUCGUGGGGGUAGGUUACCUUAUUUAUGGUUCGCCAUAAUUAUACAUGGAGUUAUUGUGGAGAGUAUAAGCUACAUUCAUCCUGAUGUUGAUAAUUUUUGGCAUUCCCAAACACCCAUAAUAUUUUUAGGAAGAAGAUUGCCUCUUCAUAUUAUAUUAUUAUAUUCUUGUUUCAUUUACCAAGCUGCCGUUGGCGUGGCAAAAAUGAGGUUGCCAAAAUGGUCUGAGCCAUUUGCAGUAGGCCUUCUGGUUGUUUUGAUAGAUCUUCCUUAUGAUAUAGUAUCGGUGAGAUUCUUACACUGGACUUGGCACGACACUGACCCCAACAUUGAGGACAGACACUAUUGGGUUCCCUGGAAUUCCUACUAUUUCCAUUCCUCUUUCACUGCUGGGUUCAUAUUUUGGUUUCACUUCACGAGAGAUAAAUUCUGUAAUAGUAGAGGAAAAUGGGUAGCUGAUAAAAGGUAUAGAAGUUUAUUUAAAUCUGACUUGCCGAAUAUAUAUUGA